CGUACUUUCUUUGCUUUGACUCUUUCUUUCCUUAGCUCUUCUUUUUUCUACCUUCUCCAUCCAAAUCCUCCAUAAACCAAAGCCUUUACUCAUUCUUCCGUAGUUCACCAUUUUCCCUUCGUUCGACCUACUCUCAUUAGCAAUUUUUAUAUUAGGUAUUAUUACAACCAGAAGAAGAGUCGUUGGCAACACAAUCUUUUGAGUUUUUGAACUUAACUCUGAAAGAGUUUUAGGGUUCAUUAUAGCAGGAGAUUUAGGAGUUAACGGCAGAAUUUCUUUUAUUAUACAUCAAGUAUCAUUGCUACCAGAAGAGGAGCUAUUGGAAUACAAUCUUCUAAGUUUUUGAACUUAACUCGUGCAGCAAGAAAUUUAGGAGUUGACGGCAAAAUUUCUUUUGUUUGAAAAGCUAUUUUUCCUCUUCAUCAGGUCAAAAGCCAUGUCCAUCGUUGAAGCUGCUUUAUCUGUGUUCUUUGAAGGGUUGUUUAGUAAUUUGGCCUCCUCUGAGUUUCUCAACUUUGUAACUGAGAAGGAAGUUUGCGAGGAGCUCAACAAGAUGGAAAAGACACUGCGCAAUAUUCACGCAGUUCUAAAUGAUGCCGAGGAGAAGGAAAUGAAUGAUGGGCGUGUGAAGAGUUGGUUGGUCCACCUCCAAGACUUGGCAUACGAUGUGGAUGACAUAUUGGAUAAGUUUGCUACUGAAGCUUUGAGACUCAAGUUAACAAGGGAACAUCAAGAUCACCGCCCAAGGAAGUUACAAAAGCUUGUUGAUGCUUGCUUUACCUGGUUCAGGGGUCAUAAUUUAUCAUUUAAUAAGGAAAUGAUGUCCGAGAUAAAAGAGAUCACUGCUAGAUUUCAAGUUUUAGAAGCAGGUAUAAGUCUCUUGGCUCUGACUAAAAAUGGUGGUGGGAGGCCCAGGAGAACAUGGGAAUGGCGAUCAACCACUUGUUUGGUGAAUGAAACUCAAGUCUACGGUCGGGAAAAAGACAAGGAAACAAUCCUUGAUUUGAUUUUUGGGAGUGAUGAUAGCAAUAAAUUUUCUGUGAUUCCCAUCAUUGGCAAAGGAGGGAUUGGCAAAACAACGCUUGCUCAGCUUGUCUACAAUGAUAGUCGUGUAGUUAAGCAUUUUGAUUUUCAAGCAUGGGUAUGUGUUUCUGAUGACUUUAAGAUGGAGGAGAUAACGAAAUCAAUCUUACAAUCAGUUAGUCCUGAAUCUUUUAAUGUUGGAGAUGAUUUGAAUAACCUUCAAAUAAAAUUGAAGAAGAAGCUGGAGGGAAAAAAACUACUUCUGAUUUUGGAUGAUCUUUGGCAUGAAAACUAUGAUGAUUGGACUCGUCUAAUAUCCCCUUUUGGCAUAGGAGCUACGAUUGUUGUGACAACUCGUGGUCAAAGUGUUUCAUUAAUGGUGAGUACUAUCCUAGGUUACAAGCUGCCAGAGUUGUCAGAUGGUGAUUGCAUUUCUAUAUUAACUCAACAUGCAUUAGGAGCAAAAGAUUUUAGUGGGCAUCCGAACUUAAAAGAAUAUGGUGUACAGAUUGUGAAGAGGUGCAAGGGAUUGCCCUUAGCAGCUAAGACCAUUGGAGGCCUUUUGCGCAAUAAGCUGGACGUUGGUGAAUGGGAAAAGAUACUAAGAAGUGAGAUUUGGAAUUUACCAGAAGAGAGGAGUAGCAUAAUUCCAGCUUUACGAUUAAGCUAUCAUCAUCUUCCUGCAGACCUAAAGCGAUGUUUUGCUUACUGUGCCAUACUUCCCAAAGGCUAUGAAUUUUCCGAGGAAGAAAUAGUCCUAUUAUGGAUGGCAGAAGGCUUUCUGCGAGUGGAAGCUACAAAGCGAAAUGAAGAUUUGGGUCAUGAGUACUUUCAAGAACUUGUACGGAGGUCAUUUUUUGAAGUAUCCAGCAAGAAUGAGUCUCGAUAUAUAAUGCAUGACCUGAUUAAUGAUUUGGCUCAAUCAGUUGCCAAAGAUAUAUGCUUCAGAGUGGAGGAUGACAAGGCAUUGAACGUUUCCCGUCAUCCUCGCCAUUUAUCUUGCAUUGUUGGUGGGAAAGACAGAAUUAAAAAUUUCCAAGUCUUUAAAAGAAAGAAUUUAAGAACCUUCCUACCGUUGAAGAUGCCUGGAGGGUGGAUGAAUUUCUCUAAUCAAGUUCUCAGUGAGUUGUUGCCAGAAUUUAAAUACUUAAGGGUGUUUUCUUUACAAGGUUUCUACCUGACGGAGAUUCCCAAUAUUAUUGGAGAUUUGGUGCAUCUGCGUUAUCUAAAUUUUUCUUACACUCUAAUCAAAAUUCUGCCGGAUUCAAUAUGCAAGCUUUACAAUUUAGAGACCUUGCUGUUGCGGGGCUGUUCUAGUCUUGAAGAGCUUCCUUCUGAAAUGGGAUUUUUAAUUAACCUAAGGCAUCUUGACAUAGCAGGUGCAGAUUCAAUAAAAACGAUGCCAAUGGGAAUCGGUGAACUAACCAAUCUCCAAACAUUGACAAAUUUUGUUGUGAGUCAAGACAAUGGUCGUCCGAUUAGCGAGAUGAAGAAUUUGUCUAAUCUUAAGGGUGAACUUUUUAUUACAGAAUUGCAGAAUGUUGUCGAAGCUCAAGAUGCAUGGAUGGCUGGGUUACGUCAUAAGUCGAACCUUCGUGAUUUAGCUUUGGAGUGGAGUUAUAAUGUCGCAGGAAAAGAAAUUCACAAGGACGUGUUGGAUUCACUCCAACCUCCUAAAAUGCUUGAAAGGCUCACCAUCGAAUGUUAUGGAGGUGAAACAUUCCCAAAUUGGAUUGGAGAUCCCUCAUUUGAAAAGCUAUCGAUUCUGAAUCUGUAUGACUGUCCAAAUUGCACAUUAUUACCACCUGUUGGAAGAUUACCGUCGAUAAAAUCGCUUUCUAUCCAGAGGAUGAGUAAGAUAAAAAAUGUGGGUGCUAAUUUUUUUGGAAAGGAUCUGUCGAUUAAUGCAUUUCCGUCACUAGAGAAAUUACGUUUUAAGGACAUGCCAGAGUGGGAGGAAUGGGAUCCCUGUGAAGUUGAUGAAAAUGUAAGGAGUUUCCAACACCUCCAUGAGCUCAUCAUUUCAAAUUGCCCCAAGUUGUCAGGAAGUUUACCUAAUCGUCUUACUUCCUUGAAGAAGCUAGAGAUUAAUAUGUGUGAUCAACUGAGAAGUUUACCUAGUUGUCUUCCUUCCUUGAAGAAGCUAGAGAUUAUUUGGUGUCUACAACUGAGAAGUUUACCUAAUCGUCUUCCUUCCUUGAAGAAGCUAGAGAUUAAUUUGUGUCAACAACUGAGAAGUCUACCUUGUUGUCUUCCUUCAUUGGAGAAACUUGUGAUUGAAGAAUGUGAGCAGUUGGUAGUUUCACUCUCAAGCCUUCCAAAGUUGUCUGACUUGGAAAUUUAUGGGUGCCAAGAGGUGGCGUCUACAAGUUGUACAAAAUCUGGCUCAUUCAUUGAAAAAGUCUCUCUUUCAGACAUUUCAAAAUUCACUUCUCCAAUGGAGGGGAUGAUGUUAGGGUUGAUAAAAGCAGAACGUCUUUAUAUACAUGGAUGUGAGGAGCUAAUUUCUUCAUGGCAGAACCAGGAAGGACCCUCAACACAUUUGAGGCGUCUUCCCUUUUUGGAAAUUGACAAUUGUUCAACAGUUUCCAUAGGUGCAGAGGACGGAAAGGAUGAGCAUAGGCAGUUAGGAAUCCCUUGCCGUAUUGAACAUUUGAGCAUACAUCGUUGUGUAAGGCUAGAAAGGCUAUCAGAAAACCUACACAGCUACAGAUCCCUUAGGGAGCUACAAAUUGAAGGAUGCCCAAGAUUGAUUUCAAUUUCAAAUGGAAACUUGCCUCCAAAUUUAAGACGUUUAACCAUUAAGGAGUGUGAGAAUUUGCAGUACUUGCUGGGUGGAGUAAAUAACAACAUCAACAGCAGGCCUCUUCUAGAGCACUUGGUAAUUGAAAAUUGUAAGUCUCUGAUAUCUUUAUCCUCAAGGGGCGAGUUACCUAUGGGGCUUAAAUACCUCACUAUUAAUAAUUGCCGAGUACUAGAGUCCAUAGCUCAAGAAAUUGAAGAGAACUCUUCCCUUGAAUUAAUAACUAUCGGCAGUUGCAAUAAUUUCAGAUCUUUGCCUCAUGGAUUAAACAAGCUCAACCAUCUUGGGGAGAUUGUUAUUUGGGGUUGUCCAAGUUUGAUUUCCUUCCCUGGAAGUGGGUCAUUUACCACUAAACUCAGAAAGCUUCACCUUUCUAGGUGUGAAAAACUACAGGCCUUACCCAACUGCAUCCACAAUAUCGUCUCUAUGCGAGAAUUGUUCAUAUUGGAUUGUCCACGGGUGAUAUCAUUUCCAGAAGAGGGGUUCCCUCCCAAUCUCACUUCACUUAAAAUCUCGCAACCCAAUAUUUGCAAGUCAGUGAUUGCGUGGGGUUUGCACAAACUCACCUCCCUUAAACAUUUGUACAUCAACGGUGCUUCUGUAGAUGUGGUGUCAUUCCCAUGUGAGGAAAUGCUUCUGCCUCGCACUCUCACCUCCCUCACCAUCUUCGGUUUUCCAAACCUAGAAACUCUAUCCUCCAAGGGCUUUCAAAAUCUCAAAUUUCUUGAAUCAUUGGAUAUCCGAGGAUGCCCCAGGCUCAAAUUCCUCCCAGAAGGGGAGAUGUUUGACUCACUUUUUCAUCUAUAUAUUAUUAACUGUCCAUUGCUAAGAGAACGAUGCAAGAAGGAUGAAGGACAAGAGUGGCCCAAAAUAGCCCACAUACGUUGCAUUCUAAUUGGUUAAUUUGUCACCGGAAGAAACGCCAAGAAAUCAGUCAGUUGGAAGUUGCAGAGGCCAGUGAGUAGUGCCUUUAUAGGAGCACACAAAGUGGUUUGCAAAAGCAGAUGGAAAGACCUGAAAAAGAUGAAUGCUGUUUACUCAGCAGAAGCAUGGAUUACCUUCACUGCUGUCAAAUUGACCAUAUGGCAGCCUGAAUGAGUCAAUACCAAAAUCCCUGCCUCAAUCCCAUUGAGAACUCAAUUUCUUAUAAAUGAUGAGAUAUUAAAGAUUUAUUGCCAGACUUAGGAGUGAGGACAGUGUCAGUGACGCAAAAAUUCCCCCAAGGGAAACAUUGUUUCCUAUGAAAGUGGAUGAAAUAACUUCAAUUCAUUGGUGGUUUCCAAGUUGUUCUGGCAGCAGCUCCUUUCCUACCACAGAAAUCUUUUUUCUCCUCCAUGUCAGCGGUGCAAGCAUAAAUGAUAAGAUAAGGUAAGAACUUUAUCAAGCAGGUAAAAUUGGCUGAGCUGGGACCUUCUGUAAAAGCCAAAUUGAUAUUCUAAAUGUACGUGUUAAAAUUCUUUGUAAUAUUAUUCUGUUGUGCAUUAAUGCUUGGAAGUUUCAUUCCAUUGUAGCUCAAUUCUUCAUAUUGAUGCAUAACAUAUCCUUUCAGUAAAACAUUGAUCAGCAACCUUUGUUUUUCCGAUGAUCAUUUCUUUCAGCUCGGUGGAGCCACAAGUUAAAAUCUUUGCCUGGAUUGAGCUUUUGAAGAUGUAAAGCAAUGCAUCUUAAUGUGUUUUUCUUUUAUACUUGCUUUGAAAACUGUUUGCCUUUAUGUAUGAAGUUUUAACUAUUUAUAGUAGUGACUAAACAUUUUGGUAUGCUUCUUUGAUCUUUAUAAGCAUUCUGGCUCGGCAUAAAGAAACAUCUACGCUGAUCGAGACAAAGUGUUUCAGCUGCUAAGCUCGAGUUUGGUUUGAGGAGCUCAUUUCAAUCAUCAAAUCAGGGGUAUGUACUGUCUUGACAUAAAAGAACACAAACUCAAGCAUCCAUUUAUUCUGCGGAAGCUUCCAAGUAACUAUUCUUAAUUUAUUCUACAGAAUUUCAGCUCAACUUCUUCAUGUGAAACGAGCUUGCAAAAAAGGCCAGUGUUUCCGUAAGGAGUCUAAAUUGAAUCAUCAACCUUCUCCAGUAACAGUCUCAUAUAUUAUGCAAAUCCUGCAUAGUAAUUCCUUCAAAAUGAACGCAAAAAACAUCACAGCGUAUUCUAGGCAAUUUUUGGAGCUUGGAUUUCUGAUGCAACUCACAAUUAUUGCUAUGUUCAAACAACUGAACAUCUUAAGUCGGGAUAUCAGUAUUUGUCAACUGGCCACAAUGGAUCACAAUUCUAGCAUUUGUCAUGCUCAAUUA